AUGUGCCGCAACCAAGAAAGCAACACCAGGGUGGUCUCGAGGGGCGGAGGCCGCGCUGCUCGCUGCUCCCCAGGCGGGCGGGCGCCCCGGCGGACCUUGCUGGAGAAGGUGCUGGAUGAUUUCUCCAAGCAGGUGGACAGGAUCGACUGGCCUGUCGGAUCCCCUGCUAUGAUCCACUACACAGCCCUGGAUGGCUACCUUAGUACCUACCAGAGUCCCCGAGAAGCUGACCCCAUGAGUAAAGUGCAGUAUGAGCUAGAUGAGACCAAGAUCAUUCUGCACAACACCAUGGAGUCCCUGUUAGAACGAGGCGAGAAGAUAGACGACCUGGUGUCCAAAUCCGAAGUGCUGGGAAUUCACUCUAAAGCCUUCUACAAAACGGCCCGGAAGCAAAACUUGUGCUGUGCAGUCAUGUGACCGUAGUCCGCAGAGGCCCCCUUGAUGCAUCCCCGUCAUUCCAUCAGAACCGCGGCUUUGGGACAUGCCUCGGCCACAGCAAGACUAGAGCACCGUCACCGUUCACCGGAGCUCCUGGAGGCACCGAGGCAGCGGAAGGGACCUGGGGUGGGGAAUGUUCAAAUUCAUGUUUCUGGUCAUUUUUGAAAAGAUAAUUUGAGGUCCUCAGAGGUAUUUUGGGGCCAAAGGAAACCGUAAACACUC